AUGAUAAGAAAUUUGUCGCCGACCUUCGUUUCUCCAUCUUUGAAUGAUUCGUACUUACUUGCCCAUUCUGAUUGUUCAUCUGGUGUUAUACUAAAUCUCAUAUCUCUUUUUGAUUUGAUCUAUUUUUCAGAUUUAUUGAAUAAACUGUUGAAUGGUAGAAACCUGACAGGAAUCUUUUUUGGGUUUUACUCUUCUGAGUUCCAAGUGAUAUACCUUGUGUUUGAAACAGUUGGGUUCUGCGGCGUGAAUGCGAAUGCAAUUAGAAAUAUUUACACUGUUGUUGCAUUUUGUGCUGGUAAUAAGGUAUAUUUGCAAACGACAAAUGAACUAUUUGAGACGAUUUUUUGGAGAUUCGAAAAAAUGACAGUUUUUUAUGCGGAACGUUGUAUCAAGGGUAUUAUUGUCAAGGUAUUAGUAAUAGCACUUUUGUACACAGUAUAUCCUAUUAUCCUCCAUUCUUGCUUUCAAAAUUGGAUAUUCCUAGGACACUUGAAUAUCUGCAUCAAGCGGCUACACAUUUUAAAUUUCGCAUGUGCAAUUGAAAUAAGAAAACAUCAAACUAAAGCUUGGAUCUGGAACUUUGAUAGGAGUUCCUAUUCCUCAAGAGCACUCAACAUCUGGACAUGUAAUUUAGUUCGCCGAUGA